CAUCAUAUCUGCCUACCUGCUACCAAGCUCCCCAUCAUGAUAGUCAUGGGCUCUUUGCCUCUGAAACAAUAAGCCCCAAAUAAAUGCUUUAUUUUAUAAGUUGCCUUGGUCAUGGUGUUUUAUCACAGCAAUAGAAAAGUAAGUCAUGUAGAUCGUAGGAAUUUUUGAAGCCUUCAUGUUAAACAGACUCUGCAGGAAGUACACACCACUCUCCCAGGCCAUCCCAUGGUGCCUGGAACAUCAGUCUCUGGUGUUCCAGAAAGUUUCAGUUACAAAGGAAUAAGAAAUUAAAGGCUUAGACAUGUCCCUCUAGCAAGGGCACUAGGAAAUCACUGAAGAGUGCUGGGUUCUCUCAAAGUUGGUUUAGGAAUGGUCAAGAUUGGGGUCUCCGACAGGCUCUCCUUCCUUGUUGUUAAUGGUAAGUUCUGCUAAGGUCAGCUCCUAAUCCCACCAAGGAAUUAACUAAUUAAUGAAUUAACAUUUAAUUAAGCUAAAUAUGUAUCACAAACUUGGGGCAGAUGACUUCAACCACGCAUGACAAAGUACAUCAUUGUGUCAGAGUCGGUGGCAUCCCUAAAUCAACUCAUAGAAUACCAAAGACUAGCCAGCAAUUGACCACAUAGUCAAGCAUUUUGAGGCCCUACACAGACAGUUCAAAGGCACCUCAUAAUGUGUAGCUGUAUUCACUUAGCCAACACUCUAUUUCUCUAGCCCAUAUGAUAAAGAAAGACUCAGCAGUUGGAGUUGAUGGUACUAAAGGUUUUUUUUUCUCCUCUCUGAAUUGGUUCAUUGAAUACAUCUGAGUAUGGCCUCAGGCAUAAAAACACUUCUGGCUUCCCAGUUCCUCUCACUACCUAAUACCUGAGGAGGUCCCAGCCCUGGUCUAGCAUAAUGAAGACUUUUAUUACAUCAGGACUGCUGCUGCUGCUGCUGCUGCUGCUACUGCUGCUCACAUCAUGGAGGUGUUCUGGGCAAGAGCCAGUAUCAGUGGAAUGCUCUUAUCUUCAGCUCCGUGUUAUAGCUAAAAGGACACUGUUUUAUCCAGAUGAACGUGUAGGCCCUGAUGAACUGUUCCUAGGGACAGGCUGUGUGGUGAUUCGUGUGCGACCAGAUGAACUUGAGUUUAAUUAUCCUAUCAAUCUCUGUGGGAUUGUUACACAGAUAGUAGCUGAUGGAACUAUCUUUUAUACCUGGCUCACCUAUAAACCCAAGAAGUCAUAUUUUUCUGCUGAGCUUCAGUUGCAGUGUGUGGUUCCCAGGUCAGUACAAAACACACAUUGGCUCCUUGAUUAAAUUCCAACAGCUCUUGGCUAGAAUGUACCAUUGCUUGUCCACAAACUUUGAAAUUCAUGACUUCUUAUGUAGCUGUGUGUCUACAGCAUGUCAAUCCAUCUUAACCUCUAGUGCAGUCCCUACCAGAGGCCAAAAUUUAGGCCAAAAA